AUACAAGGUGAUGGGAAAAUGGUUUGACCAGUACGGCGAUACAUAUGGGUUCUACAACGGCGACGUUCCUUUUGUUGUGACCAAGGACAUAAACUUCGUAGAGCACGUCUUUGUCCACAACUUUCAGAACUUCGUUGAUCGGGGCAUCACAAUAGUGGCCGGUCAAAAACACCCUGCGUUGAAGAAAUCCAUUUUCCAUGCCUGCGGCCAAACGUGGAGAAGUAUCAGGUCAUCUGUUUCGCAGAGCUUCAGUCGCAGCAAGCUGAAACAGGUGCCCCGUCAAGUUUUUCUGUAA